GCGUCGCAUUCUAGUUACAGUUACUACUUAUUACUAUAUAGAAAGAAAAAAACUGAAUAAGAAUAAGAAUAAGAGUGAUUGUGAAGGGAAGGCCGUACUUGGCACAAAGCAUUCUGGUUUGAAACACUCGAAUAUCACUGAAGAGAGAAGAAACAUUUUAGUACAGAAAAUUAACAUAGUAUUCUGGUUCGAAACUAACAGGUGCUACCCUUUUAAGCUAUCAGAUUCCUUCAAUUUGUAGGAUUGUGAGUUGCAAGCAGGGACCUCUUGAAUCUUGAUGGACGUUGAAUUAGCUGCUAAGAGUGUUUCUAGGAGUGAGGAAUUGGAUGAUGAUGGCAGAAUCAAAAGAACCGGGAACGUGUUCACCGCUAGCAUUCACAUAGUAACGGUGGUGGUGGGUGCAGGAGUGCUGGCUCUAGCAUGGGCCAUGGCCCAGCUUGGAUGGAUACCUGGCUUAGCCACUAUGAUCAUCUUUGCAUGCAUUUCCAUUUAUACUUACAAUCUUGUAGCUGAUUGCUAUAGAUACCCUGACCCAAUCAAUGGCAAGAGGAACUACACUUACAUGCAAGCUGUCGAUGCAUACCUUGGUGGAACAAUGCACGUGUUUUGCGGAUUAAUUCAAUAUGGGAAGCUUGCUGGGCUUACAGUGGGCUACACUAUAACUUCGUCUACAAGCUUGGUGGCUAUAAAGAAGGCCAUUUGCUUUCACAAAAGAGGCCACCAAGCUUAUUGCAGGUUUUCAAAUAAUCCCUUUAUGCUCGGUUUUGGGAUGUUGCAAAUUUUAUUGUCUCAAAUCCCAAACUUCCACAAGUUAACAUGCCUUUCAACCGUUGCUGCUAUUACCUCUUUUUGUUAUGCAUUAAUUGGAAGCGGGCUUUCUCUGGCAGUAGUUGUCUCAGGUAAAGGAGAAACAACCCGUGUAUUUGGAAACAAAGUAGGGCCAGGACUAUCUGAAGCAGAUAAAAUGUGGAGGGUUUUCAGUGCUUUGGGAAACAUUGCACUUGCUUGCUCUUAUGCUACUGUUGUGUAUGAUAUAAUGGACACGUUGAAGUCAUAUCCACCAGAAUGCAAGCAGAUGAAAAAGGCCAAUGUGUUAGGAAUCACAACAAUGACAAUACUUUUCCUGCUAUGUGGUAGCCUUGGCUAUGCUGCUUUCGGAGAUGACACCCCGGGAAACAUCCUCACUGGCUUUGGAUUUUACGAGCCAUUCUGGUUGGUUGCCCUUGGGAAUGUGUGCAUUGUAAUCCACAUGAUUGGAGCAUAUCAGGUGCUUGCCCAACCACUAUUUCGUAUAAUUGAGAUGGGUGCAAACAUGGCAUGGCCAGGUUCAGAUUUCAUAAACAAGGAAUACCCAACCAAAAUAGGCUCCCUAACAUUCAGUUUCAACUUGUUUAGGCUAAUUUGGAGGACAAUAUACGUGGCAGUGGUCACAAUCAUUGCCAUGGUGAUGCCGUUUUUCAACGAGUUUCUUGCCCUGCUUGGAGCAAUUGGGUUUUGGCCUCUCAUCGUCUUUUUCCCUAUACAAAUGCACAUUGCUCAGAAACAGAUCAAAAGAUUAUCAUUUAAAUGGUGUCUGCUCCAGCUAUUGAGCUUUGUGUGCUUCCUUGUUUCGGUAGUCGCCGCAGUUGGUUCCAUUCGUGGAAUUAGCAAGAAUAUCAAAAAAUACAAACUUUUCAUGUAUAAACAAUAGGCCAUUUUGCGCAUUACUUACCAUCUUUCGUGUACGUGUACGUUUAAGAUAAGUGAAUAUAAACGGACAGAAAAUGACUUGUAAACCCGUUAAAAUUGAGCAGUGAAUUAUACAGAUGUAACACUGUUCAACUCAUUAAUAAUGGGUUAGAAGUUAGAUAGUACUCAUGCGAAAAUUGUUUUUUCCACUCA